UCAUUACUCCACACUCGAUUUGAUGAUGUGCCGCUAGCAAUUGACACACAGGCGGUUGUUCAUUGAUGGUGUUUCAAAAACUCAUCGCACCGUCGAGUUAGUCGUCGCGAAAUCGCAAAAUGCUGGCCCGCUGUGAUAUACUUCACUUCAAAGUACUUACAUUCGCGUGUCUGCUGAUACGUUUGCCAAACAAUAUAGCAGAGGAAAUAAAAGAAGGUGCCCUUUCACUCACAAGUAACAAUAUUGACGAAACAUUAGCUAACAAUGAACUAGUGUUUAUCAACUUUUAUGCACAAUGGUGUCGUUUUAGCAACUUGUUAGCUCCAAUAUUUGAUGAAGCUGCAGAUAAGGUUAAAAAAGAAUUUCCACAGCCUGGAAAAGUAGUAAUGGCCACAGUGGAUUGUGACCGUGAAAGCUCUAUGGCAUCUAGGUUUCAUAUAACUAAAUAUCCAACGUUAAAAAUAAUAAGAAACGGUCAGCCGUCUAAAAGAGAAUACAGGGGACAACGAUCGGUAGAAGCAUUCCAAGAAUUUGUCAAAAAACAGUUGGAAGAUCCCAUUAAAGAAUUCUCCAAUUUGAAGGAGCUUGAACAACUUGACGAUAAAAACCGUAUGAUCAUAGGAUACUUUGAAAGAAAAGAUGUACCAGAAUAUGAAUUGUUCAGAAAAGUUGCCACUAAUUUGAAGGAUGAUUGCCAAUUUUAUGUUGGUUUUGGGAACGCAAGUAAAGCAAUGCAUCCUCCUGGAGAACCUAUCAUUGUUUUCCGAUCAGAUAAGGCUUUAUCUGUUGAAAUGGAUGAAACUUACAAGGGAAGUUUAUCAGUUUACGAUGAAUUAAAUGUAUGGGCGCAGGAAAAAUGCGUACCAUUUGUAAGAGAAAUAACAUUCGAAAAUGCUGAAGAAUUAACGGAGGAAGGCUUGCCGUUCCUUAUAUUGUUUCAUGCUCCUGAUGAUUUACAAAGCGUCAAGCAGUACAAAUAUAUCGUAACUAAGUCAUUAAUGAGUGAAAAACAGAAUAUAAAUUUCUUAACCGCCGACGGCCUGAAAUUUGCGCAUCCACUGCACCAUUUAGGAAAAACCGCAACAGACUUACCAUUGAUUGCAAUAGAUAGUUUUAGACACAUGUAUCUAUUCAAUGAUUUCAAUGACAUUUUUGUAGAAGGAAAACUUAAAGCUUUUCUGGAGGACUUGUAUUCUGGAAAACUUCAUCGCGAGUUUCAUUACGGUCCUGAGAUUACUAAUAAUAAUGAAAUGUCAGUAAGAAAUCAAGUUAAAACGCCUACAACGCCGCCAGAGUCUGCAUUUAAAAAACUGGCGCCAAGCAAAAAUAGGUAUACAAUAGUUAAGGAUGAACUGUAAUGAGAUUGAGCGCAGUGGAAUUUUCGUAAUUAAUUUAUAUGUAGUAUACUAAAGAAGAAGUGAAAUGCAAUCGGGAAUUUUCCAACAUUCAAUAUAGAUAUAUAUUGUUUUCGUAGUGCGAUUGUAACGCCGAAUCUUCUCAGAUCUUGACGCGCGAAUCCGUUUUCCUCCACAAUUUAUUCCCUCUUUAUAUUUUCUGUAGAAUAAGAUUGAUAUCUUGAUUUACUGACUGGUUAUUUAAUUAAAAAUCUCGAUAUAGGGAUUAUUUGUUAAUUAUACAUGAUUUUCACAUCCAUAG